GCGGAAGCUUGAUGGUCUCGGCUUGUCACUUCUCAGGUUCCUGAAUAAUAACGUGCAUAAUACUAUAUCAUUCAGUGCUGAGCACUUCACUUUCUCUGGAAAUUCAGCCUGCCGCUCCUUUAGCAAGUAUCUUCACUCAUUUACAAAUCUCACAACAGUCAACAUGAAGGCAUCCAUCGUCAGCGCCUCCCUGUUCGCCGCGGCGGUCUCCGCCCACGGCAACAUCACCUCCCCUCCAGCGAGGCAGGCCGGCGCCGCCAUGGCUGCAGUGUGUGGACAGGACGCCGUCGACACCGUCAACUCGGACCCGACCAUCCCCCUCGAAGAUGUGACGGCAGCAACAACACAAUGCGACCUAGGCCUCUGCAGGGGCGCGCAGUUCGAGGACAACGCGAACCAGGUGCAGCAGUUCGCGCCGGGCGAGGUCGUCCCCAUCGAGGCCAUCAUCCCCAUCCCGCACGAGGGCCCGAUGAACACCAGCAUCGUCGACACGGCGACCAACACCGUGAUCGGCCAGCCCCUCAUCUCGUUCGACUCGUACGCGGACGAGAACCUCGCCGUGCUGCCGGCCAACAACACCAACUUCAGCGUCACCAUGCCCACGGACCUGCCCGCGAACCAGUGCGCCGUCGCGGGGGAGUGCGUGAUGCAGUGGUUCUGGUUCGGCACGAAUGCCCAGCAGACGUAUGAGUCUUGUAUUGACUUCGUCAUGGUCCAGUAA